AUGACGAUCUCGUUGACGAAUCUUUUGGUGCUCUUGCUGGCGCUUCGCCCCUCGAUGGCUUCAAGGGUGCGACUUCGUUCCCUGAUGGCGUUCAACUGCCGUCAGCUGAACUGCGACGAUGGAAGAGCUGAGACAAUUGAUACUUGUGACGGUGAUGUUGGUUGCAUCCACACGGAAUGCAUCGGGCCGGACGAAUGUCAAGUGUUCGACUACAUUGAGACCCACGGAUCCGAAACGACAGAUGAUGAUGAAUGUGUCUUCAAGGCUAAAAUCUGUGAUGACGGGGAUUCCAACACGGUGGAUACCUGUGAUCCCUCCAGUGGUUGCAUCCACACCGCUUGCAAUGAUCCAAAUGAUGUUUGCUCCGUUGGAACUAUCCAAGGCAAUGUCUGCGUCGUGACAGCGGUAGAUUGUAAUGAUAGCGACCCACUGACCAUUGACACAUGCGAUUCAUCCGCGGGAUGCGUCCACACCAGUUGUGAUGACCAAAAUGCCUGUACUGAAGAUUCCAUCAAUGACAAUGGAACCCCUGAAGACCCAAACGACGAUUACUGCGUCAAUGAAGCCAUUUCCUGUGAUGAUCAAAAUCCCCUAACCAUUGAUACCUGUGACACCGAGUUUGGCUGCGAGUAUGUAUGUGAAGACAAUGACGCGUGCACUGUGGACUCUUGGGACAACAAUGCCUGUAGCUUUGUGCCCGUCAAUUGUGACUCCGGAGACCCCAUUGCCAUCGACAGUUGUGACCCAAGCACUGGCUGCGUCCACCAGUGCGACGACCAAGAUGCUUGUACUACAGAAUAUUGGGACCCAAGUUCAGAGACAUGCCAGGUUUCGCCUGUGGAUUGCGAUGAUGGAGACCCAAACACAAUAGAUAGCUGUGAUCCAUCCACUGGUUGUGUCCACAUCUGUGAUGACCAAGACGCAUGCACACAAGAAAGCUUUGACAGUGAUGGAAACUGUGUUCCAACAUUGAUCGAUUGCAAUGACGGAGACACGCAGACUAUAGACACUUGCGAUCCACAAAGUGGGUGCAGGUUCAUUCCGGUUGACCCAGAUUUGGACUUUGACGCCCUCGCGUUACCCGAUCUGUACGUCUAUCCCAGCCAGGACCCGUCCUUCCCUCGCGGUGGAGGAGUGGAAACCGCCAUCUUGAACUGGAUCAAAGAUAAAAUCGAACAGGACAGGACACCGUAUUGUUUCAGAGACAAAUAUUUUCGAGGUUGGGGAGAAGCCCUCAGUGGAUGCCCAAGCGGAAAGGAAAGGAUUGGCGCACUAUGUUAUUCUCAUUGCCCGUCUGGAUUUCAUCGAUUUGGCUUUGACUGCCACCAGCAUUGUAAGACCGGAUGGAUCGAUGACGGCAUCUAUUGCCGCAGAGGAGCCCCUUAUGGCCGUGGUGUUGGACAGAUACUUUCGGGCUGCGAGUCCGCGUAUGGACAAGGGAACUGCGAAUACGAUUGGGGCCUCUGGUAUCAAAAGUGCGACCCAGGUUUUCAUCCCUCGGGUUGUUGUAUCUGCUCGCCAGAUGUUCCCAAUUGCGAGGCUGAGGGCUACAGCCCUUGGUGGCCCGUCCUCUCUUCUUGUCGCAUUCACAUUCACAUUGGCGAUCCCACAUCAAUGAUCUGUCGCCACGGAACUGUGCAAGAUGGCGGCCUUUGCUAUCCUCCUUGCAUAGGAGGAUUCGUUGGUGUGGGCCACUUCUGUUGGCAACUGUGUGACCAUGGGGAGGCAAACUGCGGUAUUGGCUGUGCUGAUUCCCAAGAUACGUGCACAAUUGAGACAGCGAACCAGAUUGUGGCCCCAAUAGUCGUUGCUGCCAACAUUGCUACACUGGGCAUGAGCUCGGCCGGAUCUGCUGCGGGAAGAGUCGGCAUCGCAAUGUUCGGAAAGUUCUUCGGUUCGACAACGCGGGCGGGGAAGGCCAUGUUGAGGUUUGCUCAGCGGCUGAAUCGGUUUUCAGAUAACGUGGAAGACUUGUUGAAGGCCAAGGUAGCCAUUCGUACAGUCAAGGGAACCAUUCAAAACAUUGAUUUUUCGCUCGACGUAUCGACCAUACAUUACUAUGCCAUGGAAAACUAUCUCGCCAUAUUUCAGUACGAUUUUGCUGCGAUGACAGCCCAAGAUAUUUCCGACGAGAUUGAUGCAAGGCUCAGCGAGAACGACGCCUCGUACAUCAAGAGGAGAUGGGCUCAAAACAUGCUCAUGGAAAUGGCGGAGAACGAAGGGUGGGAUAAUGGAGACAUGCAUUUGGAAACGCUUCAGACUAUUGCUCAAUUUGAACCUACAGGGAUUUAUGGGUUGAUUGAUGCGUACAGUAAGCCCAUUUGCAAGGGUGCUAUUCGUUUCCCAACACUUUUUACGGUCGGUGGAGCUGACGGCCCGAUCCUGAGCCUUAGUCCGAAUUCCCCACCGGAAGCCCGAUGCAAGGAUGUUAGCCUUUCUGCGGAUUCAUCAUGCCAAGCAGGUCCAGGAGUUGAAGUAAUUGACGACAGCUCGUUCGAUCCAGAAGGAGCAAGGAUUGACCUUUCCUUGUCACCUGAAGGUCCAUUCGGUAUCGGUGAGACCACCGUGACGCUUACAGUUGUGGACGACAAGGGCGCCCAAGACGACUGCACUGCAAAAAUCACUGUAGUAGAUGAUACACCUCCUACCAUUACAUGUCCUGCGGUGGAUCUUGUCAACAACACAGUGGGCCUUUGCAGCGCAUCAGUUACUUUUGAAACUCCUUUGGGUGAGGAUAAUUGUGGUAGCUCCACAACUCAAACAGGUGGUCUUGCUUCGGGAUCCACCUUCCCAGUCGGCUCCACGUUGAAUACGUUUGAAGUCAUCGAUGGGGUGAGCCUACAGGACUCUUGCAGCUUUUCUGUGACCGUGCUUGAUGUGGAAGCCCCCACCAUAUCGUGUUCCGACUUGGCUACUGUUCAGGGCAACGAUCCAGGGUUGUGCGCUGCUCUUUAUCAAUAUUCCCCUCCGGUUGGCCAAGACAAUUGUGAAGGAACGCUUACCGACCAGGAUAUUGGCCCCUCCUUGGAUGUUGACAACCCCUUUUUCUUCCCUGUUGGUACAACGGCAAACAGAUUUCAGGCAUCCGAUUCCAAUGGCAACUUUGCAACCUGCGGAUUCGAUGUGACGAUUGAAGAUCGAGAAGACCCUGUUAUUACAUGUCCCGCCGAAACAAUAAGAGUGUGCGACGAUGUAGAUCCAUCCGAGACUGGCGAGCCAAUCAGUGCAGACAACUGCGAAGUCACGGAUGUUUCGUACUCGGACGAUACGGACGAUGGCAUUGCUGGGGAUUGCCCCGAGAUCAACAUUCGAACAUGGGUAGCACAAGAUGAAGCGCAGAAUUCCGCUUCUUGCACCCAGAAGAUUGUCGAGAUCCCGUCCAAACCAGAUAGCGUCGCCAGUGGUUCUCUAUGCCUCUUUGAUACUGACUUGGGGUCUGUCAACCAACAGUUCCACACCGUGUUUCUCCGAGAAGGGAACAACAACGGAAAUCCUCCCCAAGAAGACAGCGAUGGAUUCAACUUUCCAUACUACCAUUUUGGAGCGUCGAAUCCAGGUCAGUUCACAUACAACAUCUUUCAUUUCGGAACCGCUGGUGACUCUGCCACCUUUCAGUUGGAGAUUCCUUAUCCGUUCGUAACGAAGGAUGUGAGCAGCCCAAUUCAGGCUUUUGAUUGGUUGGACUUGGCGGCUGAAGAGGUCGAUGGGCCUGCCUGUUUUGUCCAGGAUGGAAAUCAGCCAUUCUUUGAAGAUUCGACUGAGAUUACCUUGGAUGACUACAGCACCAGAGAAUGUGGUUCUACCAAGUCCGUCCAGGUAUCAAUGGUUAUCCCAAGCACUGGAUUUGUCCAUCUUGUGGUUCGUCUGGUUCUGGGCCUAACGGAACACGACCUGCCCGACCAGGCUUCCAGCACUGCAGUGGAUGCCACCUCUGGCGAACUUGUUUUGAGGAACCAUUGCGACAUGACCUUCUCAAUGAUUGGCCCUGACCUUCAAUCUAGUAGCACCACCCUUGAGAACACGAACGUGUACCAAGAUAACCCUGGUGUGGCUGGCUUUGUGCUUGACGAGCUGCAACAUCCGGUUGUUGGCGUGACAGUUUCGUUGACAUCAGGAGGCAGCGAGGUUGGAAAUGGUGUCACCGACGAGGAUGGCUUUUAUCAGAUUGCCUAUCAGCACCGGGGACAGCCUGCUGACUAUGUCCUCGCAUUGGAUUCUCCGUCCGUCUCCCAAACAGUGUCCCUUCAAAACAACAACUAUGAGGUCGUCAACUUUUCAGUUUAG